AUGUGGCUCACUAACAUUACCCGCUACGGGGCUUUCUUUUGUUUGUUUACUAACGCAGCAGCUAGGGCACCAGAAUUCGAGUGCAGUACUGGCGAAAGAGUUAUCCAACUCCAACCUAUCAGAGUAGUCAAUGGCACAAGGACUUCUGAUGCUACAAUUACACGAACAUUUUAUGUCCCUCCCAAUGCCUCAUAUAUCACAACCGCCGUCUUUGGUGACGGACCACCGACUACAUACACAAUCCCGCCACAGGGCACGCCUCCGAUUGGAACAGUGAUCGUAAAAGAGCCUGUGACUACUAUCACUUCAUUCAUUCCCUCAUUAACGGCCGAGCGAACUCGAACUAUAAUUCCAACCAGUCCCGGUGACCCAACAACUGUCAUUAUCGAGCGACCCGAAGAUAAAAAAACCGACCACACAGGCAACAUCCAUAAUCCUCAAACGAGAAUUGCGAAUCCAGAUGAGACAACGGUCUAUCAAACACCAGAUGCUCAAGCCCCCGUAACAAGAACCGUGCAGCGGGAAGAUACAAAGACCCUCAUUAUUGAUCACACUGAUGAGCAGGGUACUGUUACCGUUAGACGACAAGAUUACACUACAAUUACUCGCGUGAACAGUGUGGACGUGCCAAUUACGCGAACACUUCAACCUGAUCGCCCGGGAGAUGUGAGCACAGUAGUUGUUGAAGUACCCGCGACAAAAGCUCACUACACAACAAUUGUGCAAAUAGGUAGUGUCACGGGAACUGUCACGUCUACACAAACACCGAGCGAUCCCGAUGGAACGGGAACCGUGAUUAUUAUUAUCCCCUCAAGCCCUGAUCAAUACGCUACAAUCACUCGUACCGGCACUGGAACAGCAACAGUCACGUCAACUCAACAGCCCAAGGGCUCUGGGGAUGUUGGGAUUGUCUUUGUUGACGUGCCUCCAGUUGCUCGACCGGUCGAGACCAUCACACGUUAUGGGACAGGAACAGUACCGAUAACGUAUACUCUGCAGCCUGAUGGCCCUAGCGGAACAGUUACGGUUGUGCGUGAACUUCCUUCCACUAGUGAACCAUACGCGACUGUCUCUCGAAUCGGGACUGUCACAGAGCCAGUCACUACCACACUCUCUCCGGCCCAUCCUGGUGAAACUGGUACAGUCGUCAUCCUUCUACCACCGGUCAACACUCGUCUUCGCCAUACUACGCACUACGGCAGCGUAACAGCACCGAGGACAACGACCACGUUCCCAGACGGACCUAACGAGUCAGGCAUAGUAAUCGUCGAACUUCCCAACCCUCUUACAACUGUGACUCGGGGAAGCGACAUCCCAGCUCCUACUACCAUCACACCAGAUUCGGUGCAACCUGGGGAAACGGUAACAGUGGUUGUUGUCACUCCGAUCAAGUAUUUGACAACCACGAGGACCGCAGCUGGAACAGGGUCAGAGACUAAAACCAUCACACAAAAACCGGCUGAUCCAGACGGAACAGGGACAGUUAUUAUUGAGCUUCCACAAAAUGCGAUACCAUUCACAACAAUCACUAGCUUUUGGACAGGUUCCACUACUCGUACAGUCACUCAGCCGCCUGCCAACCCUGGCCAGACCGGGACAUUUCGCGUGGAUAUUCCUAGAGAGUACAUUACAAUCAGUGAUUUCUGGACGGGCACAACAACACGAAUCGUCACUCAAAAUCCUAUCGUACCCGGUGAAACUGGUACAGUCCACGUUGAUUCACCAGGAAAUGGGGCGGAAUAUACCACCGUCACUGGAUACUGGACCGGCUCAACUACUCGCACAUCAACCGAAGAUCCCUCUGAGCCUGGUAAGACCGGCACAGUCCACAUUGACUAUCCUGACACUCUGAAGUAUGUUACUGUAUCUCGUUUCUGGACGGGUUCAACCACACGCAUAACUACAGACACCCCUGCUGGACCAGGCCAAACUGGUACUGUUCAUGUCGACUUUCCUGCUGAUAGCGCGAAUUACGUUGCUGUAAGCGAGUUUUGGACUGGUUCUACCACCCGAACAGUGAUUGUGCCUCCAACCGGGCCUGGAGACACGGGCACGAUUCGUGUUGACUUUCCCACUGGUGGCAUCCGCUAUGUCGCUGUCAGUGAGCAGUGGACUGGAACAACAGUACGCACGGUCACUCUUCCUCCUUCGCGCCCAGGUGAGACGGGUACCGUUCGUAUUGAUGUGCCGGCUAUGCGUUUUGCCACUGUCACUCAAUAUGGAUCUGGGUCAGAAACUCAAACGCUUACGCAGACGCAUACUGGCUCUGGUAUGACUGAUACGGUCAUCGUCAUAAUCCCUCGCAUCACUUCGUAUGUUACUGUUACAAGUACAGGCACAGAUUCUACUACGCAAACAUUUACCCAGAGUCCUUCCGGAACUGGCAGAGUCGGGACUGUGGUUGUCGAGGUCCCGCCUAGUUAUGUCACGACUACUGUCACGGGCACCGGAACUGCUACCAGGACUAUCACCCAAUCGCCAACUCAACCGGGAGAAACUGGGACAGUUAUUAUUGAGCUGCCUCCUGGCGCUACACCGCCAGGCGAGACUGGAACAGUUAUUAUCGAGUUACCUCCCGGGGCAAUUCCGUACAUAACAACUACUGUUACGGGUACAGGAACUGCUACUGCCACUCGAACUUUCACACAGACCCCGACCCAACCUGGUCAAACAGGGACAGUGAUAAUCGAGAUCCCUCCUAGUGCUACGCCGUAUGUGACAACCACAGUGACCGGUACAGGAACUGCCAUCACGACUCGAACUCUGACCCAGACCCCAACUCAGGCUGGUCAGACCGGAACAGUGAUCAUCGAGGUUCCUCCCGUGGUAAUUCCUUACAUCACAACCACUGUGACCGGUACCGGAACCGUUACUACCACUCGAACAUUAACCCAAACUCCAACUCAACCUGGUCAAACCGGGACAGUUAUCAUCGAGCUGCCCGCUAGUACAACUCCGUAUGUAACGCUCACUAGCACUGGCACUGAGUCAUUUACCACGACCAACACCUAUGCGCCCACGGCGUCAGGUCAGACUGGGACUGUUGUCAUUCAAGUCCCUUCUUCAGCUAUUCCUUUUGUCACAACGACCUCUUAUGGAUCAAUCACCGCGGCUUACACAACUACUAUAAGCCCUACUCUUUCCGGGCAAACUGGUACUGUUGUUGUAUUCAGACCUCAAUCAUGGUUUACAACCACUCGCUAUGGAAGCGUCUCAGUGGCUUCUACCACAACUCAAAGCCCUGGAAAGCCCGGCGACACAGGUACCGUCAUCAUCGAUGUACCUCAGCCUUACACUACGAUCAUUCGCUAUGGCAGUGUCACAGCCUCUUCAGCAACAACCCAGACCCCUAGGAAUCCAGGAGAUCCAGGCACUGUUAUUAUUGAUCUACCACAGCCGUUCGUGACAACCACCCGUUACGGCAGCGUUUCCAUCUCUUCCAUAACGACACAAAUUCCUCGCAAUCCUGGUGAAACUGGCACCGUCUUGGUUGAUCUGCCUCAGCCCUUUGUCACGACGACUCGUUACGGGAGUGUCUCGACCUCUACCAGAACCACCAAUGGCCCGCAGAAGCCCGGAGAUACAGGCACAGUUAUUGUUGAUUUGCCUCAGCCUUUCACGACAGUAACCAAAUUUGGUUCCGUAACUGCUGCCACAACAAGGACUCUGACUGGGUUUAGUCAAGGAGCUACUGGUACUGUUAUCGUCGAUAUGCCGCAGCCUUACACGACGGUGACUAGCUUCGGCGCUGUAACUUCUGCAACAACUAGAACUCUCACUGGUUUUAGCCAAGGAGCUACUGGCACUGUUGUUGUUGACAUGCCUCAACCUUUCACAACAGUAACUAGCUAUGGUGCUGUGACCUCUGCAACGACUAGAACCCUCACUGGGUUCAGCCAAGGUGCUACUGGCACUGUUGUUGUCGACCUGCCUCCACCCUACACAACCAUCAUUAGGUACGGGAGCGUGUCUGCGCCUGCUACUCGAACGCAGACUCCAGCAUUUCCCGGACAGACUGGCACAGUAUUUGUCGACCUUCCUCAGACUUACACUACUGUGACAAGCUACGGCGUUGUAACUGUCGCUACAACAAACAUCCUCACACCGGCAACCGCAGGUCAGACUGGCACAAUUCUUAUCAACCUUCCCAACCCUUUCACGACAGUCACCAGCUAUGGAACCGGAACUGUUACGGGGACCAGUAUUUUUAUGCCGGCUACACCAGGUCAAACUGGUACUGUUGUCAUUCACCUUCCCCAACCAUUCACAACCACUACGAGAUUCGGCAGUGUCUCUGCACCAACAACUUCAACAUUUACACCAACCAGUCCGGGUCAGACCGGAACAGUUUUAGUCGACUUGCCACAGCCAUUUAUAACUACGACGAGAUUUGGUAGUGUGUCCGUACCGAUAACCUCAACAUUGACACCAACUUCUCCCGGUCAGACUGGCACAGUGUUAGUCAACUUGCCCCAGCCAUACACAACUACCACUCGAUUCGGUAGCGCGUCUGUACCAACAACUUCGACGUUGACGCCAGCUAGUCCAGGCCAGACAGGAACAGUCCUGGUAGAUCUGCCUCAACCAUUCACAACAACUACGAGAUUCGGUAGCGUGUCCGUACCGAUAACUUCAACAUUCACACCAACUAGUCCAGGUCAGACCGGAACAGUCUUGGUCGAUUUACCGCAGCCAUUCGCUAUAUUCACAAGGUUCGGAAGUGUCACAGCUUUCAGCACAACCACCGUAAUGCCUACCAGUCCGGGACAAACCGGUACUGUCUUCAUUGAUGCGCCGCAGCCCUAUACUACCAUCAUACGCUAUGGAAGUGCUUCCGUUAGCUCUAUUACUACUCGAUCCCCAGCUGCACCUGGUCAGACCGGCACUGUUUUCAUAGACCUUCCUGACCCCUACGUUACCACCACACGAUAUGGAAGCGUAACUGCCAGCAGCAUGACCAUCAAAGCACCUACAUCAGCAGGACAGACUGGUACUAUCAUCAUCGAUCUGCCGAAUCCAUAUGUCACCAGCACACGAUAUGGAAGCGUGGCUGUCAGCAGUAUUACUACCAAAGAGCCUGCGUCGCCGGGUCAGACUGGCACCAUCCUGGUUGACCUACCGGAUUUAUACGUAACCACAACACGGUACGGAAUUGUGACAGCUAGUAGCAUUACCACUCAGACUCCAGCAUCGCCCGGGCAAACCGGUACCGUUAUUGUUGAUUUGCCUGACUCCUAUCUCACAACUACCCGAUAUGGUAGUAUCACAACUGGUAGAGCUACAACAACCCAGGCUCCAGCUGCGGCGGGACAAACUGGCACUGUCAUCAUUGAUUUACCUAACCCUUAUCUGACAACUACUCGGUUUGGGAGUAUCACAAUUGGUAGAUCUACUACUACUGAGGCCCCCGCUGCACCGGGACAAACCGGCACUGUCAUUGUUGACCUUCCAGACCCAUACAUUACUACCACAAGAUACGGUAGUGUUUCUGAAAGCAGGAUCACAACGCAAACUCCGACUUCACCUGGCCAAACGGGUACUGUUCUCGUCGAUCUACCGUUCUCGUACUUGACUACGACAAGAUAUGGAGUCAUUUCGGAUGGACGUAGUACAACUACCAAGGAACCAACAGCAGGCGGACAAACUGGAACCGUUAUUGUCGACCUCCCUGAUCCAUACGAGACUUCAAUCAGAUAUGGAAUCAUCACUUCUGGCACUAGUACUACCACCAAGGCACCCUCUGGUCGAGGUCAAACCGGUACAGUCAUCAUCGACCUUCCUGACCCAUACCAAACUACUACCCGAUAUGGUGUUAUCACUGAGGGUAGUAGUAUGACGAUCCAGGCACCGGCUUCGGCAGGGCAAACUGGAACUAUCCUCAUUGACUUACCUAACCCAUAUGUAACAACAACUCGGUGGGGAGGCAUCACCGGUAGUAGCAGCACGACAACACAAUCGCCAACGGUUCCAGGAGAGACGGGUACUAUUAUCAUUGAUCGUCCCGAUGCUUACACCACGACAACGAGGUUCGGGAACGUUGCAGGCAGCAGCACCACCAUCACCAUUACGCCAACAAGGUCUGGAGAGACAGGAACAGUUAUUGUGGAUUAUCCUCAACCUUUCAUGACUAUCGCUCGAUAUGGACGCGUUACGGCCAGCACCGUUACAACUGAAGAGCCCACAGAACCAGGACAGACAGGCACGGUCAUCAUUGAUCUUCCACAACCUUUCACCACUACAACUAGAUUUGGCGUUGCUUCAGUUGCUCAGACGACCACACAGAGCUUCCAGUCUGGUGAGACUGCGACAGUUCUGGUUGAUUUGCCUGACUCUUAUACCACCGUAUCUCGCUAUGGACUUGUCACAGCCAGCACUAUCACCACCCAGUCUCCGACUGCAGCCGGAGAAACGGGUACAGUUAUCGUUGAUCUGCCUCAGCCUUUCACUACCACAACUAGAUAUGGUGUUGCAUCGGUAGCACAAACAACUACACAGAGCUUCCAAUCUGGCGAGACCGCAACAGUUCUCGUCGACCUACCCCAGUCUUUGACUACCGUAACCCGAUACGGAAGUGUCACCAUCGCGCAAACAACAACGGAAACCUACGCUCCAGGUCAGACUGGAACCGUCAUCGUGGAUCUUCCUCAGCCUUUCACAACCUUGACUCGUUAUGGAAGCGUUACGGCCAGCGAGAUGACGACACAGUCUUUUAAUCCGGGUGAGACAGCAACAGUAGUCAUCGACCUGCCUCAAGCGUUCACAACUGUUACCCAGUAUGGAAGUGUGACUCUCGGCCAAACAACUACAGGGCUUUUCAGCCCAGGUGAGACGGCAACUAUCUUUGCGGACCUCCCUCAGCAGUUCACCACCACCACUCGUUAUGGAAGUGUUACUGCUAGCGAAAUGACUACACAGCCAUUCAACCCUGGUGAGACUGGCACUGUCGUUGUCGAUCUUCCACAACUGUUUAUAACCGUUACUCGAUAUGGAAGCGUGUCUGUCAGUACAAUGACCACGCAAUCCUUCAAUCCUGGUGAGACUGGCACUGUCCUUGUUGAUCUUCCGCAGCAUUUCACCACUACAACUCGUUACGGAAGCGUAACAGCCAGUGAGAUAACAACAGAGUCGUUUAAUCCUGGUGAGACUGGUACUGUUAUUAUGGAUCUUCCUCAGCCGUUUACAACCAUCACUCGAUACGGCAGUGUUUCUGUCAGCGAGAUGACAACGCAGUCUUUCAACCCAGGCGAGACUGGCACUGUCUUUGUAGAUCUCCCUCAACACCUCACUACCACGACUCGCUACGGAAGUGUGACAGCUAGUGAGAUAACGACACAGCCUUUCAGUUCAGGCGAAACGGGCACUGUCAUUCUGGAUUUACCUCAACCAUUUACAACUGUGACUCGUUAUGGCAGUGUCACGGUAAGUGAAAUGACAACUCAAUCGUUCGUGCCAGGCGAGACAGGAACGGUUAUUGUUGACCUCCCUCAACCAUACACGACUACCACUCGCUAUGGUGUUUUCCAGGGCAGUGAUCCGAAUGGCGUAACGCAAACAGAAACGCCCCAAGCCCCUGGAGAAACAGGAACUGUCAUCGUUGAUCUUCCUCAACCUUAUACAACUGUGACCCGUUAUGGACUUGUUGAUACUGACCAUGAAACAACGACAACUGAGUCCCCGACUAUCGCAGGGCAGACAGGCACUGUUGUUGCCAAUCUUGCCCAACGAUACGUGACUACUACUCGCUACGGCUCGGUCGAUCAGGCCCACGAAACGACACAAACGCUGGGGCCUUCCAGUCCAGGUGAUAAUGGCACAGUUCUUGUUGACCUAGCCCAGCCCUACGUAACAGUCACAAGAUAUGGUUCGGUUGAUACUGAUCACGAAACAACCACAACAGUGUCAGCGACUGUCCCGGGGCAAACAGGUACCGUCAUCGCCGAUCUCGCUCAACGGUACAUAACCACAACCCGCUACGGAAUAGUUGAUCAGGCCCACGAAACAACUCAAACGCAGGAUCCUGCUGCCCCAGGUGAUAACGGGACCGUUCUUAUCGACCUUGCCCAGCCUUACACAACAGUCACGCGAUACGGUUCAGUCGAUAUUGACCACGAAACCACUAUGACAGAGUCAGUAGCUGGCCCAGGACAAACAGGGACAGUUAUCGUUGAUCUCGCCCAGCGAUAUGUGACAACAACACGUUACGGUUCAGUUGAUUUUGCACACGAGACUACACAAACCCAAGUGGGCAGUGCUCCCGGAGACACUGGAACUGUCAUCGUCGACCUCGCUCAGCGUUAUGUGACUACGACUCGCUACGGUUCAGUUGAUCAAGCCCACGAAACCACAGAAACCCAAGCCCCAACUUCUGCCGGAGAGACUGGCACUGUCGUCGUUGAUCUCGCCCAGAGAUAUGUGACUACAACCCGCUACGGUUCAGUUGAUUUUGCUCAUGAGACGACACAAACCCAAGAUGCUAGUUCUCCCGGAGACACCGGCACCGUUGUCGUGGACCUUGCUCAACCAUACGUGACCACAACCCGUUUCGGUUCAGUUGAUCAAGCCCAUGAGACGACACAGACUAUAGCCCCCAAUUCUGCCGGAGAGACCGGCACUGUCAUUGUAGACCUUGCCCAGCCAUACGUAACUACAACUCGUUUUGGCUCAGUUGAUCAGGCCCAUGAGACGACACAGACCAUAGCCCCUGUUACUGCCGGAGACAAUGGUACCGUGAUUGUCGAUCUUGCCCAACCGUACACUUCAACCACCAGAUACGGCUCCGUCUCCUCUGGUGCUGAGACCACUCAGACACAGGCACCCGCUGCGCCUGGAGAGACUGGCACCGUCAUCAUCGACCUUGCCCAACCAUACGUAACUACAACCCGUUUCGGUUCCGUUGAUCAGGACCAUGAGACGACACAGACCAUAUCCCCUAGUGCUCCAGGCGACAAUGGCACUAUCAUCGUGGACCUUGCCCAGCCAUACACUUCAACCACUAGGUACGGCAUGGUCAGCAUUGGCGCCGAGACCACCCAGACACAGGCACCCUCAGUACCUGGAGAGACCGGUACUGUUAUUGUGGAUCUUGCCCAACCCUACACAACAACAACUAGAUACGGAUCGGUAGACAUUAGUGGUGAGACCACUCAGACUCAAACGCCUGCUCACCCUGGGGAAACUGCAACUGUGGUUGUCGACCUCGCGCAGCCAUACACGACGACUACUCGAUACGGUCUAGUGCAAGCUAGUCAAGAGACCACUCAAACACAGUCCAUCGCUAACCCAGGCGACACCAGAACCGUCAUUGUUGAUUUUGCCCAGCCUUAUUCAACCACGACCCGAUAUGGGUUGGUCGAUGUAUCCGGCGAGACCACGCACACAGAAACCCCAAGCAACGCAGGAGAGACAGGUACCGUUUAUGUCGACCUUGCUCAGCCCUACUACACAACAACCCGAUACGGACAGGUUAGCGCAGGUGGUGAGACGACUCAAACACAGGCCCCAAGCAACCCAGGACAAACAGGUACAGUUAUCGUUGACCUUGCUCAGCCUUAUCUGACCACGACCCGAUAUGGGUUGGUUGAUGCUACUGGUGAGACCACACAAACAGAAACACCCAGCAACCCAGGAGAGACAGGUACGGUUAUCGUUGAUCUGGCGCAACAUUAUACAACUACAACCCGAUACGGUCAAGUCAGCGCCGGCGGUGAGACAACUCAGACACAAACAGCUGGUAACCCAGGAGAUACAGCUACAGUUUUGGUUGAUCUUGCCCAGCCUUAUCUGACAACAACCCGAUACGGGCAGGUCAGUGUAGGAGGGGAAACAACGGAGACACAGACGCCUACUUCUCCCGGUGAAACAGGCACAGUUCUCAUCGAUCUAGCUCAACCGUAUAUCACAACAACUAGAUACGGGCAGGUUAGUGUAGGUGGCGAAACAACGGAAACCCAACCACCUACUGUACCCGGCGAGACUGGUACAGUUCUUGUCGAUCAACCGCAACCUUAUGUCACAACCACUAGAUAUGGACAGGUUGACGUAGGUAGCGACACAACACAGACACAGACACCUACUGUAGCCGGUGAGACAGGCACAGUUCUCAUCGAUCGACCUCAGCCUUAUGUCACAACAACUCGUUAUGGCAUAGUCGAUGUGGGUAGUGACACAACACAAACGCAGACAGCUACUGCUCCUGGAGAGACCGGCACAGUCAUUGUUGACCAUCCACAACCUUAUGUAACUGUCAUGCGCUACGGAAUGGUCACGGCUAGCACAAUGACAACUGAGUCGCCUAGUGUUGCUGGAGACACAGGAACUGUUAUCGUCGACUUACCCGAGUCGACCGUCACCGUUACGGAACUUUACACAGGAACCGAUACGAUCACAGGACCAACCACUAUUACCACAAUUCCUGCGUCUGGAUCAGCCCCUGGCACAGUCAUCGUAGCCACACCGCCUACACGACCAGUCACUAUCACAAGAUUCUACACUGGAACAGAGACUUUGACAGGACCUACUACAGUCACCACGAUGUCUGGGUCAGGAACCGAUCCAGAUACAAUCAUCGUGGAAACUCCCCCUGCUACGAGCACGCGCUUUUACACUGGUACUGAGGUCUUGACUGGUCCAAGAACUGUAACAACCAUCACACCUACUGGCACUGAGGCAGGCACAGUUAUCGUCGAAACACCACCAGUUACGAGUACACGUUUCUAUACUGGCUCGGAAACUCUGACGGGCCCAAGGACGGUAACAACCAUUACACCUACAGGCACUGAGGCUGGAACGGUUAUCGUAGAGACACCCCCUGUUACCAUCACACGUUUCUACACUGGCACAUCGACUUUGACUGGACCAAGAACGGCAACGACUAUCACGCCUACAGGCACAGAGGCCGGAACCGUGAUUAUCGAGACACCGCCAGUAACAAGUACACGUUUCUACACUGGUACCGAAACCUUGACUGGUCCAAGGACUGUAACAACUAUCACGCCUACUGGUACCGAGGCCGGAAUAGUAAUUGUUGAGACACCGCCAGUGACAAGCACCCGACGGUACACUGGUACCUCAUCUUUGACCGGUCCAAUCACUGCAACGACGAUCACGCCGACUGGAACUGAAGCUGGAACGGUCAUCAUCGAAACACAAGGUCCUACCGUCACAAGCACAAGAUCCUACACUGGUACAAGCGUCUUGGGAGGACCAACAACAGUUACUACAAUUUCGCCUACUGGUACCGAGGCCGCCACGGUUGUUGUCGAGACUCAGCCACCCCAAUAUGUGACCAGUACUAGACAGUACACUGGUACAACUUCUCGAGCGAGCGCCAUGACAGUCGCAACAGUCCAGCCCUCAGGAACUGUCCCCGGCACAUACAUAGUCGAAACACCCACUCCUCCCCCCUCUUUCAGCUGUGACGAGGGAGGAUACUUGAUCCAAGUGACAACUCUGUAUCGACUAAACCUGGUCAGCGGUGUCAACAGUCAGGUCGCUACUGGCAUCGGACCAGGAGGAACCAUCAACCCCAUCACCUACAAUAUCAUCGACGACUUGAUUUAUGGUAUUGUUCAGAUCGGCACUUCAAGUGUUCCAAGAAGUCAAGUCAUCCGCAUUGGAAGCACCGGAUCUUACACUCUGAUGGACACGAUCAUUGACGGUAGCUGGAACAGUGGAGAUACCGACGAUAACGGUAAUUUCUGGAUCUCUCAGUCUGGUAGGGCAUGGGCCAAGAUCGAUGUCGAUCCAAGACGUUCUACCUACGGAACUAUACUGGCAAGAGGAACCGCAUCACCAACGAACGGUAUCGCAGAUUGGGCAUUUGUCAAGGGUGGCGGUCGUUAUCUCUAUGGCCUUCAGUCAGCUGGUACCAGCAGUUCCAAGACAGGCGUGGCGAGAUUCAGUCUCGACACUCAACAGUGGGAGAACCUUCACGAUCUUGGAUUCAUUUCUGGUACCAACACUUGGGGUGCCGUUUAUGCUGUUGGACCGAUGCUCAUCUACGCGUCUGAAAAUACUUCAGGUGUUAUCUAUCGGUUCAAUCUUGCGACGUAUGAGAAGUCGUUGGUUGUCCAAGGUCCCAAGACAUCUACGAACGAUGGUGCUCGUUGUAUCAACGCUUCGCCACCAGGAUCAGGAUCUUAG